AUGGCUCGAUGUUUUUGUGUGCAGACGCAGUUUUUGUUGCUAAUGAGACGAAGAUGGAGGCGGUGCCGGUGAAUGGAGGUGGAGCAGCCGAAGGUAAACUGGCACCUUGUAGAAUUUGUGGAAGAACUUUUUUGCCAGCUGUACGGUUAAAGCAUGAGCCCAUCUGCCAAAAAAGUACAAACAAGAGAAGAAAAACCUUUGAUUCCAGUAGGCAGAGAGCUGAAGGAACUGAUAUUCCCACCAUAAAACCUCUGAAGUCCAGGCCUGAGCCUCCCAAAAAACCUUCAAACUGGAGAAUAAAACAUGAAAAUUUUAUUGCUACCAUCAGAGCAGCCAAAAAGAUUAGUCAAACAAUGAAGGAAGGGGGUGCCCUUCCACCACCACCUCCACCUUUAUAUGAUCCAGAUUAUGUCCAGUGCCCAUAUUGCCAGAGAAGAUUUAAUGAGAAUGCUGCAGACAGACACAUUUCUUUCUGCAAAGAGCAGGCUGCUCGUAUUGCCAAAUCUAAACCUGCUGGUAUCAAAGGGAAACAAAGCACCACAACACAGUACAAGUCUCCAGUGCUUAAGAAGACAAAUUCACCAGUGUCAACACCUGGUGCAUCAACACGGAUUCCCCAGCCUUCUGUUGGUGGGAAAAGUGUGGCUGGAUUUUCUACCACCAAAAGUAACUUAUCAACAACCUAUGAAAAUAAACUUAGAGAUGGGUCACCGGCAAAACGAAGUUCAUCUGGCGUUGGUAAUGUGUCUGGAGCAUUAAUUCAACCAACUGGAGGUUUGUCUGGUAACAUCAGGUCUAGAACACAAACACCUCCCAGUGGAACUAGGAAUGUUGCUGCAGGAAUCUCAGUGAACAAAAAGACCUACAAUGCUGAAAAUUACAUAAGGAAUAAUGUGAAAUCUGGUUUAGACACCAGGGAUAAUUCCCUAGCUUUCAAUGAUGGAAUCACGAAAGGCAGCGUUAGAAGUUCAACUGGUCAACAACUGCCAAGAUUUUGUCAUGAAUGUGGAACCAAGUAUCCUGUGGAGUUGGCAAAGUUCUGUUGUGAAUGUGGAGUGAGAAGGAUGACCGUUUGAUCAUGCAGUAUAAAUAUGUUCAAGGAAAACAUGCUGAUGCAAUUUUCAAAACUCAUCACACUUAAAUAUUGCAGUGCUUAAUAUUACAUUACCAGGCUUAAACAACUGUUAGAUGAAACUUUACACACAAAAGUAAAUCCAUCUUGUAAAGGAAAAAUACUUCAAUUUUGGAAUUUUAUGUUGUACAGUGUAGCAAACGUGAAAUAGUAACACUAAUUUAUUACAAAUUCUUCAUUUCUGCAUUGUUUACAAAUGCCAAUCAGAUUAUCACAGAUUUUAGAUUUCUUUACAGUUGACUGCACUAAAAUUGCAGAGUCAGAUUGGUGCCUUUAUCAUGAAUCUUAUUUACAAGCUGAGAGAAGCAAAGCAUGUGUCAGUGAGUGUCCGCUGUGUGUGAUGUAGAGAAAAUUCCUCUUAGCAGAUAAAAGCAAAGUUCAGUAUCUUUUGUGUCUGGCAUAAUGAAGGAAUGAAACUGCUUUCUUGGUAGGGAGGGAAGCUUUCCCCACUUUUUAUGUUGUGGCUCAGCACUGAGCUUUCAUCCAAAUGUAGCAACAAACCUGCCAUUCACUGAGUACAAAAUAAACUUGGUAAGCCAAAUGGAAAUAUAUUGGCCAAUGAAAAAGUAAAACUGAAUAUAACCAUGAACAUAACAGAAGAGUAAAUUGAGUUAAAUGAGCUCCCUUACAAAUGAUAUUUGAAAUCAAAUAAUUCAAGUUUAAACUUUACCUCGUGUAUCUAUUCAUUAAUUUAAAUCUAGUGUACAAAUGUGUCAAUUUUUUGUACAGAAUGAUUAAAGAAAAACAUGCUACAGCAAGUUAUGUAUAUACAAAAUGACUGGGGUUUUAAGUGUACGUGGAAAUUACCAGUAUAAAGUGAAUUAUGUUGGUAAAUGUCUACAGCUGGCCUUCUGGGGUGCUAAAUACUUUGCCACUUCAUAGUGUAUCUAAAUUACUGAUUGUUUCUGUAAUCAUUUGAAAUAAUUAAGCAUUUAGGUGGUAUUGUGUUAAUGAAAGUACUUAUAGUAUUUUGCAGAUUAUUGUGACACACACGGCUAAAUAGAUGAGUUAUCUUGGUCUCAAAAGAUAAACUACUUUACACAGAUUCAGGUUGUACAGCGUGGAAAAAUUGGCAUUUACUAGCUAAUGCUGUUGAAUCACAAUUCUUUUGUCUUGUAUUUUUAUCUGAAGCUUUGGAGUUACUCUUCAAUAGUCUUAGUACCUCUAUGCACCUGUGUUUAUUUCACGUGUAAAAGAUGCUUCGUGUGAGUUAUUUGUUGUUUCUAAUGAGUAAAGUAAAUCCAAUAAUCUGUGGAUUUUCUUGAAUAAAAUAAAAGGUAAGACUUUUUUUCUGAUA